AUGCAAUUGGUCAAGCUCUUUGCUCUCGCCACUCUUCUUGCCUCUGGAGCACUUGCUGUUCCGGUUGCAGAGCCAGAGCCUGGCAAGCCAACCAAGCCUGAGAAGCCAGCACCGCCGUCAAUCAACGUCCAGUCAAACCAGUGUGGCAAUGGAGCUGCUCCCUACUGUUGCAACACUGACAACAAGGGAAAGUAUACAACUUGUAAAGUCCUAGGCUCGGGCAGCCAGUGUGGCGCAACCACUGUCUGCUGCAACGCACAAAAUACCUCCUACUCCGACAUAGUGACGUUUGACCAAACAAAUGUGGGCUGCGCUAUGGUUGCACACCCUGCAGGAGAGCCGGCUGCCACAACUACUUCCAGCGGAGCAGUUGUGAAGAACGCGCCAGCUGAAGAGAAGAAACGCAUAGGAGAUCUGCUCGCAGUCUUUCUAGUUCUACUUGUUGCAUGA